AUGAAUGAUUUAGAGAAUAUUUUUCGUCCAUUGGAUAAUUCACUUCCAUUGCCAAUGUUGAAUGAAAGAUUAAAUGAAUAUCGUGGACAUUUUAUUCAUUGUAUCGAACAAAAUGGUGGAAAUGCAAUUGACCUAGUCGAAUUAAUUGUAAAAACAUUUCCCGCAUAUCGAGAUGAAUCUGUUUAUGUCGGACAACGAGUGAGUUUUUAUAAACGAGCUCAAAUUUUGGUCAGUGAUAUUUGGGGAUGUUUUAAUGGUCAUGGAAUUGGACAUUUUACUGAUAUGGAUCGUUUAACAAUGUUCGCUGAUUAUCGUGUUCCACAAGUAUUGGCACAUGAAGGUGUUCUUGUUUAUUCAUCGGAAUUGAAGAAACGAUUGGAAAGAAAAGAAGAAAUACCAUUUGGAGAUUCAGAUGAAUGUGAAAUUCGUGCUGCAUCGAUUCUCGCUGUUCAUCUCAUUGCCAAUCAUGUUAAUGAAAAGAGUCCUCUCGAAAAAGAUACAGGGGAUUUUGGUGAACGAUUGAAUGAACCACUUGUUGAUGUUUAUUUAUGGAGAAAGAGACGACAACAAGCACAGAUUUACGAACAAACACCUUUUCAUCGUACUAGAUCGAUCUUUUAUUAA